UUAGAAGUGCCUUGUAUUUGCUAAAGAUGGGUCAAGAGCACUGGAGGAGCUGAUCAGUGGCCUUUCUCUUUCUGGCUUUUGUUUUUCUUUUCUUUCUUUCUUUCUUUCUCUCUUUCUUUCUUUCGUUCUUUCCUUAAAGCCAAGGUGUGCCAGAGGUGAUGCACUGAUGCUGAGGAGGCAUCAACAGCUAUGGGACUCUAAUCCUCUCACAUGUAAGCACUGGCAGUGUCUGCAAAGAGAGACCGUGAGACGCUGAAGCAGAGUUUAGCUGCUGUUCAGCAGGUUGCCUGCUCACUAAGGCUCAGAUUGCACUGUUCCCUGAGCACAAAACAUGAACCUGUCCCGAUGGAUUGAUUGGAGGACUCUGAAUAUGAGCAGUAGUGUUAUGAACAUAUCUGAGCACCUCUCCUGCCCUCUUGGAUUUGGUCACUACAAUGCAGUUGACAUCUGUAUCCUUGAGACAGUCGUUAUUGUCUUGCUAACAUUUUUAAUUAUUGUGGGUAACUUAACUGUGAUUUUUGUUUUCCACUGUGCUCCACUCCUGCAUCAUUAUACCACCAGCUACUUUAUUCAGACCAUGGCCUAUGCUGAUCUUUUUGUUGGAGUCAGCUGCUUGGUUCCUACUUUGUCACUGCUCCACUACUCAACAGGUGUCCACGAGUCCUUGACUUGUCAAGUUUUUGGAUACAUCAUCUCUGUGCUCAAAAGCGUAUCUAUGGCAUGUCUUGCUUGCAUCAGUGUGGAUCGCUAUCUUGCUAUAACAAAGCCUCUCUCCUAUAACCAACUGGUCACACCUUGUCGCUUGAGAAUCUGCAUCAGUCUCAUCUGGAUAUACUCUUGCCUGAUCUUCUUGCCUUCUUUUUUUGGUUGGGGAAAACCUGGUUACCAUGGAGAUAUUUUUGAAUGGUGUGCUACCUCCUGGCUAACUAAUGCCUACUUUACUGGCUUUAUCGUGUGCUUACUGUACGCUCCUGCUGCCUUUGUCAUAUGUUUCACCUAUUUCCACAUCUUUAAAAUUUGCCGGCAGCACACCAAAGAGAUCAGUGAUCGGAGAGCUCGAUUUCCUAACCACGAAGGGGAUGCUGCUGGGGAGACUGGGCACAGCCCCGAGCGCCGCUAUGCCAUGGUUUUGUUCCGGAUAACCAGUGUGUUCUACGUGCUGUGGCUCCCUUAUAUCAUAUACUUUCUGCUGGAAAGCUCUAGGGUGCUGGAAAACUCAGCACUCUCCUUCCUGACUACGUGGCUUGCUAUAAGCAAUAGUUUCUGCAACUGUGUGAUAUAUAGCCUCUCCAACAGCGUUUUCAGGCUGGGACUACGGAGACUGUCAGAGACAAUAUGUUCAUCUUGUAUGUGUUCAAAAGACAGGGAUGUGCGGGACCCUAAGCCAAGGAAACGGGCUAAUUCCUGCUCCAUUUAA